AUGCAGCAAAUGUUGAUUAUUGUUUCCCUGGGUUUGUUGGCCAGUGUGGCAGGCAAACCUGCUGUGGAUCCAGCUAUAAUUCCAUCGGGAUCUCCUUUUGGCUUCUAUUCAGGAUCUGUUGCUCCUUUUGCUGCCUACUCUGCAGCUCCCUUUGCUGUUAAUCCUUUGGCUGCUCCUUUGGGUGCUUCUCCUUUGGCUGUUUCUAGCAGCCAGCGGUUGGAUUACUUUAACCAAUUUAAUGCCGCCUUUGGCCCAACUACUCCUGCUCGUUUUCUGGAUGCUAACCCAUUUUCUGGAGCUGGAGCUCGUCUCAUUCAGCCAACUCGUUUUGUUGCUCCUGGAGUGCCAGCACCAUUUUUCCUUUAG